CGCCGUCCUGUUGUGGCUAAAAGUUAGCUAGUGCGUUAAAGCUGGUUAUGUUCACAGCUAUUUAAAAUGUGUAAUUAUCUGCGAUACCAUUUACAUUUUUAAGUGGUAUUUGUCGAGUAGAAAAGCCGCCUUGCGUUUUCGUCCAAUCGGCCUUUGUCGUUGAACGACCGCUUUUAGCCGUUAGCUGUUAUCCUCGGAGGCUAACAGGCUCCACAAUGGAGGGCAGCGCUAGCGUGAGGAAAGCGCUGUCCGGGACUCUCGUCCCUUCAGCGGUAACAACAGUGGCUCUCCGGCAGCAAACCGAGGAGAAGGAGACGGGGAAGCUGAAGAGAAAGAUCCUCGAUGAAGAGGAGUAUAUUGAGAAUUUAGAGAAGAUCAUCCAGAGGGAUUUCUUCCCAGAUGUGACAAAAUUGCAAGCGCAGAAGGAUUAUCUGGAAGCAGAAGAAACUGGAGACCUUGAGAGAAUGAGAGAGAUAUCCAUCCGAUAUGGAUCAUCUUUGACAAAGUCUACACCACGAUCUUCUGCACCUUAUGUGACUCCAGCUAGCUUUGAGACACCAGUGGGCCGCUCAGGGUCCCCCUCCUCCACUCAUGGCAGUAAAGCUUUAGAAGGAGACAGCAAAGGUGAGGACAAGGAAGAGAAAGAGCUGCCUUCGCUGGAUCGUUUCCUUGCUAAAAACACCAGUGAGGAUAAUGCAUCGUUUGAACAGAUAAUGGAUUUGGCAAAAGACAAGGAGAAGCUGAAGCAUGCCUGGUUAUAUGAGGCUGAGGCGGAAUUCAAACAGAGGCAUGAGGAGAACCUUGCUUUACCAUCAGCAGAGAAGGCAGCACUUGAAUGUGUCAAAGCUGGAUUGGAGACAUGGGAGUACAAAGCCAAAAAUGCCUUGAUGUAUUAUCCAGAGGGUGUUGAUGAUGCUGUCUUUAAAAAGCCAAGGGAAGUAGUUCACAAGAAUACACGCUUUGCUGGAGACCCAUUCAGUAAAGCACUCAACAAAAGCCAGAUUCAACAGGCUGCAGCUCUCAACGCACAGUUCAAACAGGGUAAAGUAGGCCCCGAUGGGAAAGAGCUCAUCCCACAUGAAUCCCCAACAGUGAAUGGAUAUGGUUUUGAAAGAACUCCUUCCCCUGCACCUGGUGUAUCUGAGUCACCUCUGAUGACCUGGGGUGAGAUCGAGAGUACUCCAUUUCGUCUGGAUGGAUCAGACACCCCAUAUGUUGAGAGGAAUCAUGGACCAUCAUUUAAGAUCCCAGAACCUGGACGACGAGAGAGGCUGGGUUUAAAGAUGGCCAAUGAAGCUGCGGCUAAAAACCGUGCCAAGAAACAGGAGGCAUUGCGAAAGGUCACAGAGAACCUUGCAAGUCUUACGCCUAAGGGUCUGAGCCCAGCCCUCACCCCCGCCCUGCAGAGGCUCGUAAAUCGGACAUCUAGCAAAUACACGGACAAAGCGCUAAGAGCAAGUUACACCCCAUCUCCCUCACACAGAGUCUCUGGCUGCAAGUCUCCCUUCGGUGGCCCGUCCACUCCAUCAGGAACACCAACACCAAACAAAGCCAAGACUCCAAGCUCUCAGGACCUUACAUCACUCACAGACAAUCUGCUGCAACUUCCUAAGAGACGGAAAGCCUCAGACUUUUUCUAAGUAAGAGAGGCUGCUCUCUGCUGGGAUUGUACAAAACAGACUUAUUGUAAUGUCGAAAGCUUUAUUAUAAACUCUAAAGACUAAUUUUUCUCAGAUUUAAGAGCACAUCUUUCAGGUGGAUGAUUGUCUAAAGAAAUGUACAGUGGACUGAAGAAUUCUUAUGGAUUUGUUUGUUACAUUUUUGCACAGAUGGGUAAAUGUAGAUCCUGUCCUGGUGAAAUAUAGUGUCCAAAUUCUUUGUAAUUAUUUGUUUAUUUUAUUUUUUAUAUUUUGUUUUUCCCCAAAUGCAGAGUUUCAUAGAUUUUUGUACAGUUUCCUUCCAGUUAAAAUUUUGCUAUCCCCGCCACAUACCCAUCUGCAUGUUUAACUGACAUUUUUAAUAUAAUUAUAACGCAGUAAUCACUGAGAAUUGAACAUACAAAUUAGAGUUUAACGCACAGCAUCUAAUAGCCUGUCACCCAGUUCUUUGCAAAUGUAGCCAUCAGAUUUCAGUGUGCAUCUCUGCAUCAUAGAAAUUGCAUUCUUUGUUACCUGGAGCAGGUUUCCCCAAUGUCACACUUUUGCACUGGUGUUAAAAAUGAAAAACUUCAAUGAGACAGCUCACUGAUUAUUUGUGUAAAUGAUGAGUGUUUCUUUUUGCCAUGUGUCUUCUUUAAAGCUGAAAGAUUUACAGGCAGAGUUUGGCUUAGCGUCAUGAAACUGUACAACCAUUUUCUUAAAAUCUUAAAUUUGACGUUAUUGACUAACAUUGGUCUUCAAAAAAUAUAUUAAAUGAAUCACGGUGUCA